UUCCUACUGAGCUCACAUCAUCAUGAUGAACGAUUAUCGCUUCGUCAGCAGCUUCUACUAUCCAAUCGAAUCGGCUUUGACGGCAGUACAGACAGCCGUACCAUAUUCGCAGCCGGUUUCCCCUGCUCAGAAGUCGCUGCCAGUCAACUUUCAGCAGCUCCCGAAUCGAGCUCAGAAAAUAGAGCUAAUGAAGCCCCAGCAAGUAAGGCGUGCCGUUCCUAUGAUCAAUCAGCUUGAACAAAGAAUUGUGAUUCCUGUGAUCCAGCCUGGACAAAGGACCGUAGUUCCUGAUAUUAAACAGCCUGAAACUGAUAUCUUGCUCGAGAAACCUUUUGUCGAGUCACAGUACUGUAUCAGUCGAGCAAAUUACUCAAUGAAGCAUCCGAUGAGUACAAAUAGUACUCCUGUAAAAACAAAGAUAUCACUCGAAGAUCAAGAGCAUAUCACUAUGCCACCACCACCGGCUGAGGAAUACAAUCCAGAAAUUGCUGUCUCACCACAUGUGCAGUGCCCGAUUUUACAUCAGCAAAUGAUGGUCAACCAUCCGCCUGUGGCUCAGCUGCCUCAGCUCACAGAUGCUACGACUUCGCCCGCAAGACCUGAUCGAGAUCUUAUGAGAUAUGAAAUAGCAAAAGAGAAACAGAUUGAGCGAGUACCAGAUUAUUCUGAUUACGCAUGGAAACGUCUCGAACAGGAGAAACUAGCGCAGUAUGCUAUAAGAGAUUACGAACACGAACAAAGCUUGCCUCCUGCUGAUGCCCCAUUCGAAGCUGAGAAUGUGAUCCCGCAACACGUUGGAAAGUUCUCCAUUUGCACGACUGGAGAAGCAAUUGUUGAGCAGGCACCACCUGUGAAAGCUGGUAGUAACCAACCCGUGGACUCGGAGUAUGUGGGAAUCCCAAACGAUUUGUAUCCAGCAUAUAGAAAGGAGCUGACUUCUUAUAUGCCAUCACUGAGUCAGAAGAUUGCUCCGAUUCAUCAAGGAUACUGUGAUUUCAGCUUACCUGAUGCACCCAUUCCUAAUGACACAGUAAGUGAAAGUGAAAAAUGCGACACUGCGCAAGAGAACCCAAUAUUCCAGUCUCGUUUCGGUAGUCAGGUAAAAGUAAAGCGUACAACUGUACCAGCACCUCCUCCUGUUCGCCUACCCGAAGUAACUCGCUAUACAACACAGUACUCAACGAUCGGUAAUGCCUUCGCUCCAGUGGGACAGCCGCAAAUUUCUGAGUACCAAUACGAGGACCUUAACGAUCUCGCUUCCUGCAUCGAUGCCAUUUGAACGACCGUUCACUCUCUUAGAGCUCAUCAACUAUCGCUCGAUAGUUAACAAGUGUUCGCUAAUCGGUCGGCUUUGUUCUGCUUAUUUGUCCCUCAUUGCUUGUUUUUUGUAGUUUCACGGUUUGUAAUAAAAG